AUGACGGCUACACAAUAUAAACAACUAAAUAAAUUAUAUGAAAAUAGAGGAUUAACCUAUCGCAAGCCAAAUAUUACCUCCUCUACCACACAUCGCCAGUCAUACAAAGAAGCUCUCCUUAAAACUACUACCAAUCCCACUUCCACAUCUCAUAGCAACACACAAACCCCCAAAUCUAAUUCCACACGAUUUUGGAACCAAAUCAACUUAACUCAGACCCCAAAUCCCAACACAAGCACAUCACACACCUACAAUAUCAAUCAUAAUCAAUCUAAUCAGUCACCUAAAGAAAUUAAUGACAAUUAUGAUCAGAAAAACACACUCAUCAAGCUUCGAUCAGACAUAGACCAACUAUUUAUAGUCAAUGACAUCUCAAUUAAUACUCUUUUACAUAGGACACCACAACACAUCAUUAAAAGAUAUAAACGCAAAAGAUAUGCAUACAAAGUCAAAAAUGUAACAGACCAAACCUGGACAGAAUAUCAAGCACUUUCAGCCGAGUUUUUCAAUCAACAUCACACUUCAUCAACAUCACUGAACUCACAAUGGACUCACAUAAAGAAAUCACUCAUACAAGCAGCAAAUGCAACCCUCAAAAAAAUCAAUAUCAAUAUGAAUAACCAUAUUCCCAAAAUAGUCAGUAUCACUCAAAAACAAGUUUCCAUACUUAAUGCCAUAAUCUAUUUUCACUCACACUCCAACAAUCCUAAUGAAGCAAAUAACACAAUCCAAGCUCUCAUCCAUAAAUAUAACAACAUAGAUCCUUCAUCUCCCUCCCUUCCAGACAAUAAUCAAGAUCCAGAAUGGAUACAAAAAAUCAUUUCACUUAGAAAAAUCUUAUCA